AUGUCUGCACACGCUGAAGAAGCGCCCCUCAACCGGGCGGACGAAGUCAAAGAGCUCCUCGACGCCCUCAUCCCCCAAAUCCACGCCUUCAUCUCCGCCGCAGACACAGACGCAACCCACAAACACACCGGCCGCGGCCUCGCCAUCCCUUCCUUCUCUCCUUCUCCUUCUCCUUCAGAAUCAAAUACUACACGGACGUCACUGGUCCAGCAUCUCCCGCCCAAAGAACUCGAGGGGAUAUUGGUUGGGAGUGGGUUCUUGGAUAUCUGCGGGAAAGAAGAGAAAGGGGAAGGGGAAGGGGGGAAUGGAGGAGGGAAAGAUGGACUGGUGGAAGUUGUAAAGACGUUGUUGGGGUAUAGUGUUAAUACGUGGGAUUUGGGGUUCUUGGAUAAACUGUAUGGGGGGACUAAUGCGGUCGGAGUCGUAUCAGAGCUUUUGCUAGCUACACUGAACACAAACGCCCACGUCUACCAAGUCUCCCCAGCCUUGACCCUAAUCGAAAAACACACCUCCAAAUACCUCUCCACGCUCUUCUUCCCCAACGCCCCCAACCGCGGCGGAAUCUCCCAACCGGGCGGCUCAGCCGCAAACCAGACGGCCAUCGUAGUAGCCCGCAACACACUGUACCCAGAGACCAAAACACACGGCUCCUCGUCGCACAAGUUCCGCAUCUUCACCUCCGUCCACGGGCACUACAGCGUCGAAAAAGCCGCGCAAAUCAUCGGACUCGGCUCUACAGCCGUCAUCAGCGUCCCCGUGGACCCCGCAACCGGCGAAAUGAUGCCCUCGGCCUUACAAACCCUCAUCACGGAAAGCAAAGCGCGCGGCGAAACCCCCUUCUUCGUAAACGCCACAGCGGGCACCACGGUCCUGGGCUCCUUCGACCCGUUCGAAGAGCUCGCCGCCAUCUGCGCCGCUGAGCGUCUCUGGCUGCACAUCGACGGGUCCUGGGGCGGCUCCGUCGCCCUCCACCCUGCGUACCGCGCCGACCGCCUCGCCGGCGCCCACCUCGCAAACAGCGUCACCGUGAACCCGCAUAAGAUGCUCGGCGUGCCGACGACGUGCUCGUUCCUGCUCGCGCGGGAUCUAAGGACGUUCCAUAAAGCGCUGACGUUGCCUGCUGGGUACCUUUUCCACGACGUCGCCGCUGGAGGAGAAGACAGAGAAGAAAAAGACGGGGUAAAUGCAGACCAUGUGUACGAUUUGGCUGAUCUCACGCCGCAGUGCGGUCGCCGCGCUGAUUCGCUCAAGUUCUUUCUCGCCCUCAAGUACUACGGCACCCGCCGCUUCGAAUCCUGGAUCGCUGCCGCUUAUGAUAACGCGAGUUACCUCCUUUCCCUCGUCAAGCAGCACGUGGAUUUCGUGUCGGUCACGCCUGAGCCGGUACCAUGUCUGCAGGUGUGCUUUUACUAUGCCAAGGGUGGUGUUUUGGGAGACGAUGCCGAGAGGAAUGGACGCGUGACGAGUGAGGUUGCUAAAGGGUUGUUGGCGAGGGGGUUUAUGGUUGAUUAUGCGCCUGGGGAGCGGGGACGGUUUUUCAGGGUCGUGGUUAAUGGGGCGACUACGAGGGGCACUUUGGACGGGUUGGUGAAGGCUAUUGCUGAGGUUGCUGGCGAGUUGGGGUAUUAG